AUGCGUUUCGCCGAACUUACAGCCCGUUCCCUGAUGAGCGGCAUGGCUAUGAACGUCAUGGAGAGUGAUGUUAUGACAUCGGAGAACCCCGCUGCCCUGCUCGCCCGCCAGUCCAGCUGCGCCGCCGGCCAGGAGCCCUGCGGCACAGGGUGCAUGUUCACAGGGAGUGUGUGCUGCGCUUCGAUGGGACGGAGCACAUUCUGCGACCCGGGAUAUUACUGCAUGGCCCGGCCCGGGUGCUGCCCUGAUGGGGAAGUCUGCACCGGAACCGGUGGUUCUUCCUGCUCCCCUGGCUAUGUCCCUUGCGUGACUGGGUGCAUACCCAGCGGCAGCGUUUGCUGCCCGGCCGGCGGCUACUGCGAGGCGGGCUACACCUGCACAUCCGAUCGUAAAUGCCGUCCCUCCUCGGGCGGCGGAGACAGUGGCGGUGGAGGAGGAGGAGGCAGCAGCACCUGCGACGCCGGAAGAGUGGAAUGUGACUCGGACUACUGCAUGCCCAGCAGCGGCACCUGCUGUAACACCGGCCUGGGCAAAUACUGCAGAUCCGGCUACUACUGCGUAACGGGCGGCUGCUGCCCCGACGGACGCACCUGCAGCGGCGGCAGCGACGACGACGACGACGACGACGACGACGACGACGAGGAGACCGAGACCAGCACCAGCAGCCGCGGGAUCAUCCGGCCGACCUCGACCACCACGACCUCGACGUCGACCGAGUCGGAAGACACCUUCCCCACCCCGACCGACGACGACACGAGCGGCGACAGCACGUCGUCCGACACCGAAGAUACCGGCAACACCGACGACACCACCAACGACAGCCCAUCCGAUUCCGCCAACGAUAUCCCCGCCCCGAGCCUGCCGCCUAUUGGCGGCGCCGGUGUUCCCCCCCCUGGUGACUCCAUGGGCUCUGCUCUGGCUGUGCCUGGGUGCUUGGCGCUGGUUGCUGCGGGGGUGAUGGCCAUGUUGCUUUAA